AACUCGAGGCGUGAACGUGGCAGCCAUUUUACAUCAUCAAGAGUGAAUGACUGAAGUCGGACCAUUGCCGGGAGUUUUACACUUUUUCCGUCUUUUAAAUAUCACGUUUAUCUUCCUAUACAAUCAGCACCACACUCAUUGGUGUGCCAGCGGCAGAUUUCUGGAGACAUGGCCACAGAACAUAUAAAUGGAAAUGGUCCAGAAGAGCCAAUGGACACCUCUGCUGCAGUUACCCAUUCUGAGCACUUCCAGACUUUAUUAGAAGCUGGUUUACCACAGAAAGUUGCUGAAAAACUAGAUGAAAUUUACAUAGCAGGUUUGGUGUCACACAGUGAUUUAGAUGACCGAGCAAUCGAGGCUCUGAAAGAAUUCAACGAAGAAGGUGCUCUCCAAGUCCUUUUACAAUUCAAGGACAGCGACCUCUCACAUGUUCAGAACAAAAGUGCCUUUCUGUGUGGCGUGAUGAAGACUUACAGACAGAGAGAGAAACAAGGGACCAAAGUGUCGGACACCAACAAAGGACCAGAUGAAGCCAAAAUUAAAGCUCUGCUAGAUAGGACUGGUUAUACGCUUGAUGUAACAACUGGGCAGAGAAAGUAUGGGGGUCCUCCACCAGAGUCUGCCCAUACAGGAGCCCAGCCCACCAUCGGUACAGAGAUAUUUGUGGGGAAGAUUCCCAGAGACUUGUUUGAGGAUGAGCUGGUUCCGCUGUUUGAGAAAGCUGGCACCAUCUGGGACCUGCGCCUGAUGAUGGAUCCUCUCAGUGGCCUCAACAGAGGCUAUGCCUUUGUCACUUACUGCACUAAAGAAUCUGCACAGCAAGCUGUCAAGCUGUGCAACAACAAUGAAAUUCGACCGGGUAAACACAUCGGCGUAUGCAUUUCUGUGGCCAAUAAUAGACUGUUUGUUGGCUCCAUCCCCAAGAGUAAAACAAAAGAGCAGAUUGUUGAAGAAUUUGUUAAAGUUACAGAAGGUCUAAAUGAUGUCAUAUUAUACCACCAGCCAGACGACAAGAAGAAGAACCGAGGCUUUUGCUUCCUGGAAUAUGAAGAUCACAAGACGGCGGCUCAGGCUCGCCGCAGACUCAUGAGUGGAAAGGUCAAGGUGUGGGGAAACGUGGUGACGGUGGAAUGGGCCGACCCAAUUGAGGACCCAGACCCAGAAGUCAUGGCUAAGGUGAAGGUGCUGUUUGUGAGGAAUUUAGCGAGCACCGUUACAGAGGAGACGCUUGAAAAAACUUUUAAUCAGUUUGGAAAACUGGAGAGAGUGAAAAAAUUGAAAGAUUAUGCCUUCAUCCACUUUGAAGAACGAGACGGUGCUGUGAAGGCUUUAGCCGAGCUCAAUGGCAAAGAACUGGAAGGAGAGCACAUUGAAAUCGUGUUUGCCAAGCCGCCUGACCAGAAGAGGAAAGAACGCAAAGCCCAGAGACAAGCCGCCAAAACGCAAAUGUAUGAUGAAUAUUACUACUACGGGCCGCCUCACAUGCCGCCACCAAGAGGCAGAGCAAGAGGAGGGAGGGGCGGCUACUCUUACCCCCAUGAUUACUACGGCUAUGAAGAUUACUACGAUUACUACGGAUACGACUACCACAACUACCGGGGAGGCUACGACGACCCCUACUACGGCUACGACGACUUCCAAGGGUCUGUGCGAGGGGCCAGAGGGGCCAGAGGAGGCAUCCGCGGAGGAGCCAGCCAGACCAGAGGCCGUGGGGCCAUCACACCCAGGGGCCGAUUGGGCUUCACCCAACGCGGAGGCCUUGGAACAAUCAGAGCAGGGAAACGGGGCCGGGGCCGUUCCUGACCUGUCCCAGUGGAGACUGACUCGAUGUGUGGGUUUACACCAUAAGCUGCAAUGGAUGUUGAAAUGACGAGAGCGACAACAAAGGUCCAGUGAAAUUCCAGCCUUACAGAAGAAGAAGAAGAAACAUCUCCCCUCCACCCAUUUAAUUUUGCUUCUCCCCCAGAAACCGCCACCCUAAAAGAAAACGAUCAGAUGAUUUUUGAGUAUAAACCCAUGUCAGCCUGUACGUCGCCCUGGUUCUCAGGGCUCUUCUAUGAAUUGCCCUUACAAUCUGCCCCUUCCCUGCCCCCGAACAUGCCAUUUAAAAGAAAAAAACAGAAUAAUUAUUGAAGAAAUUGCACUUUUUUAAGUUGUUAGGUUUGAAGUGGCUCAAAGGAGCUUGAUACUAUUGUAUAUUUUUGUGCUAAUCGCAAUUUUUAUUGUCGAAAUAUCCAUGUUAUUGUUUGAUCUGGAUGUUUGAAAUCGAACAUUUGCAGGGUUUUAGGGUGUACCCACCUGGCAUGGAUAAGUCAGGCAUUCCAGGAAAGUGGUUCUUUUCAGAACUGGUCUUUAAGGGUUGGUUGACUACCUCAGUACAGAGGAAUAAACUACCCGGCCUGUACUGUAAAUAGGGAAACUAUAUAGAUGAAAGCAGGGCUUGUUUGCAAACAAUAUGCACAAGAGCUGCAGCGCUAAAACGAUGUACUUAAUGUAAUAUACUCCUUUUCGCUGCAGCUCUGCAGGCUGUAAACAGUCAAGCUGGGCAUGCUAAACAAUCUCAUAAGAUGAGUCUAAAAACAAGCCCUGCUUUUAUCGUAUUUUGAACUGAAUUAGCUGCCUUGCUUCUUCAGAGUAUGUAGUUACUGGUUGUAUAGUUUUUCGGAAAAUGUUACUUUUUGUAAAGGCUUAAAAUCGGAAGGCAUCCAAAUGCCUUUUGAUUAAAAAAAAACAAAAACAAAAAAAUACAAAAAUUAAGGCCCUGCAGUGUCCCUUUUGUGCCACUGUUUUAUUCUGCUGGGAGGGUUUUUAUAUUCAUGAAACACAUUUUCAAACACCAUCAGAAUAAUGUCAGCAAACUCUAAGCCAUCAUGUAAAAUCAUGAUCAUCUCGAAUGAUCCCUUCCUGCAUCAGAAAUGGCGCCCAGCGUAGUCGACCUGAUGACUGAAUUGCCAUAUUUUGCAGUCAGAAAGCGUGCCUAACUCCAGCUGCUGUGGUGUAGAAGGGAUCCCAGACCCACAGUGGUAGAAGGGAUACUGCAGUGAAUGAUUUGUUUCCAAGUAUAGCAUAAAGGAAACUGUUUGUCAAUCCCAGUUUUCUAUACAGUUAACUCCCUCAGUAAAAAAAAAGCAUAACUACCACCUUUUGAAAAAAAAAAAAAAAAAACACAUACAUGCAUAAACAAAAAAAAACAAAACAUGUUAGCAGUUUUAAACUAUUGUUGGUGGCCAACAACAUUUUUUGCAUUCCUGCAAAUAAAUUGUUUUAUACUGUAAAAUGGAGGUGAGUGUAACUUAUUUUUGUAAUAAAGUUUUUGAUUUCUA